AUGAGCAGUUCAGAUCGGAAUUAUGAGCGAGAUACAAGAGAUGAACAAGAGCAGCUUAUAUAUUCAAACGAUAUACCUGAACUAGAAUCACAGUUUGAGAAAUCAGAUGGUCAGACUAGAAGAUAUUGGAUUAUUCCUGUCAUUAUAGUAUCAAUUACAGCUAUUUCAUCUAUUAUCGGUACUAUCGCUGCCUUGACUUACCAGCAUCAUUUCGGUAUAUCAUCGAGACAUCAUCUCCCACUCACAUUAGACAAGGUUUUUGAUGGCACAUUUAAUCCAGUUCAUCAUAAUAUUAAGUGGGUAAAUCAACAGAAUUCUUCACAUGGCAUGUAUGGCGUACAAGAUGACAAUGGUGCAAUUAGUUUGGUUAAUGUCUCAUCAAACACGACGAAGACAUUGGUACAACCUGGGGAAGUCUUAGAUAUCGACGGUCAACCUCUUGAAUGGGACGGAUGGUCACUCAGUCCAGACGGAAAGUUCAUUCUUUUCCAAACAGACACCAUUGCGGCAUUUAGGUAUUCUAAUUACGCUAAUUAUUACAUCCAUUCGCUCGACACCCGAUCAACACACCCUCUAACUCAACCAACAAACCCAGGCUCUAUAAGUCUGGCGAUGUGGUCUCCUAGUGGUCAUGCUUUAGCUUAUGUCCGUGGAAAUGAUUUGUAUGUUGUACACGCUCGUGACAUUCCAAAGGAAACAUCCAAAGCUAUUCGGGUUACGGACAGCGGCACAGAUUCAGUCUUUAACGCAGUGACAGACUGGGUGUAUGAAGAGGAGAUAUUUAAUUCACAUCAGGCUUCAUUUUGGAACCAAGCAUCUGAAAUGAUAGCAUAUCUUAUACUAGAUGAGUCUAAAGUAAAGGAAUAUAAAAUUCCAGUAUAUAAUCCAACGUCAUCCUCGGAUAAUAUAGAACAAUAUCCGCAAGAACUCAGAAUUAAAUAUCCAGAGCCUGGUACACCUAAUCCACUCGCAUCUUUAAGUGUAUACUCGUUGAUCAACGGUCAAAAUUAUGACCUUGUCUUCCCUGAACCAAGAGAGGAUAGACUGAUAAUUGAAAUUACAUGGACAAGCAAAAUGACACUUCUUGUGAAAGAAACUUCUAGGGAUUCUCGACAUGGAACAGUUGUUUUGUUUGACUUUAGAGGCGUCCGGGAUUCUAAGUUUGUUCAAGGUCAUACCGUUAGAGAUCUUGAUAUCGAUGAUGGUGGUUGGAUAGACUGUCGUCAAUCUAUUAAGCCAAUCAAGUCAAUGAGUGGAGACGGUUACUUGGACAUUGUACCAAACGAAGGGUAUAACCACAUCGCUUUCUUUAAAAGCAGUCAGGAAUCAUCACCUGAGUUUGUUACAUCUGGAAAGUGGGAAGUAGACAUUAUAAUGGGUGUCAACGAGGAAACAAAUAGAGUUUAUUUUUCGGCAGCAUAUCCUACACCCAUCGAUAAACACAUUCUGAGUGUCACGUUGCCAGAUAAUGAUAAGAUUAAUGUUUUGGAGAAAGACAGACCGCUUAAUUUGACCGAUAUUAGUGUACCUGCAAAGUAUUCAGCAAUUUUCAACAAAGCAGCCUCAUUUUAUGUUUUAAACUAUGAUGGACCGGAUGUACCUACACAAGAGAUUAGACAGGCUAUUGAGGUGCACAAACCAAAAAUAAUUGAAACCAAUGAAGCUUUAAACAAUACUCUUAAAGAAUAUUCCUUGCCAAAAGUAAUAUACGAUACCAUAGUAAUUGAUAAUAUUGAAUAUCAAAUUAAGGAAGUCCGUCCACCUCAAUUGUCUGAAGAUGGAUGGUCCAAGCGUCCAGUACUCUUUCAAGUCUAUGGUGGUCCAGAUUCACAAGUAGUCACACGUAAUUUCAAAGUAACAUGGGGCGAUUACCUAGCCACAAGUAAUGGAUAUAUUACGGUUUAUGUUGAUGUUCAAGGAACAGGAAACAGAGGAAGACAAUACAGGAACGUAGUCAGAGAUAAUCUCGGUAAAGUUGAAGCAGAAGAUGUGAUUAAAGUUGCAAAACAUUAUUCUAGUAAAACUUAUGUAGAUUCAUCCAAAAUUGGUAUAUGGGGUUGGUCGUAUGGUGGUUACUUGAGUGCUAAAGUUAUGGAAGCUGAUUCUGAUGUCUUCUCCUUAGGGAUUUCUGUGGCACCUGUAACCAACUGGAAACUCUACGAUUCAGUCUAUACAGAGAGAUAUAUGUCAACGCCAAAGAAUAAUCCAGAUGGGUACUUAAAUUCAGCAGUUAGAAAUGUGACAGGAUUCCAUAACUAUGCUCUAGCUCAUGGUACAGGCGAUGACAAUGUUCAUUUCGCUAAUACUGCUCAUCUGUUGGACAUGUUUACGGAAAAUUCAAUAAAGAACUUCAGGUUCAGAGCAUUCACGGAUUCAAAUCACAGUAUGGGCACGAGGAAUGCAUACAGAGAGUUGAUGGACUGGCUCACGCGUUUCCUCAAUGAGCAAUGGAAAACACAGAAGAGUAAGGGUAAGAAAACUUAA